AUGACAGUAUCUAUGAUACGUGCAGUAUGGGCAGUUGGUGGUGGUGCGAAUGCCGUGGUGUCUAUCAUUGAGAAUAACGGAGGAGUGUGUCCCAGUGGAGCCAACAAUCAGGAUUACUAUUCCCUCCCCGGAAUCGGAAACGGAAAUUGUGAAAUCGCCGACAACUAUGGUACAGCCGACGGAUCUGUUAUGUUUAACUGUCUGGGUAAGUUCGACACUGUUGAACGUCUGUGUUUCUGCAAUAGUGGUGACUUUGUUGCACCCGCGGCCGUGGAACAAGCAACAGAAAUUGAACCGCUGACAGUUACACAAGCAUCAGAGGUUGAACAAGCACCAGAAGUUGAGCAAGUACUAGAAAUUGAAACACUCACUUUUGUUAAUGAGUUUGUCAUGGGUACUGCCGGACAGAGUUGUGAGGAUGUCUGCACUGGUCGCGAUCAGAUUUGCAAUGUCGACACGACAGUAUCAAUGAUACGCGCAGCAUGGGCAACUGGUGGUGAUGCAAAUGCCGUGGUGUCUAUCAUUGAGAAGAAUGGGGGUGUAUGUCCCAAUGGAGCCAACAAUCAGGAUUACUAUUCCCUCCCAGGAAUCGGAAAUGGUAAUUGCGAAAUCGCCGACAACUAUGGUACAGCCGGACGGAUCU